GUUGUUUGAGUGUGCAGAGAUUUUCCUAAUGUAGUUACAGCAUAUUCAAGUUUUUUUAUCUGAAGAAAGCUCCAUGUUUUCCAUAAGUGGGACAGUGUCACUUUUCUUCACCUUAGCUUUCCCUUGGGCACUUGUUAACCUCUAGCAGUCUGUGAUUCAGCUCAAUAUCACAACAUCCAUGGAUCUGCUUAUACGAGUAUCUUUGUUUUUGUGGAUUGCGUUUGGACAAAUUACUUGGGCUGAAAAAUGCAAACAAGAGAAUGUAGACCAGGACACUCUUAAAGUGUUCAAGCAUGUGUUCCAGAAUGUGUGUUAUGAGUUCAUUGAAACACCAAAGAACUGGAGCCAGGCUGAACUCGCUUGCAGUCAGCGAGGUGGUCAGUUGCUGAAAGUCAUGGACUGUGAGGUGAAGACAUUUCUCCAGAACUUUACUCAGGACACCAAGCUCAACUGGUGGGUGGGGGAGGGGAUUCUAGGAACAUACCAGGGUAACCAAGUCGUCCCUACAGAUAAUGGGAGCUCCCCCUUCCUCUGUACCUACUUGACGUUGGAUCCUUUACAGCUGGUCACCACUAGGAACUGCAGCAUCAAACAGGGCUAUCUCUGCACCCUGUAUUUUAGAUUUCUUGUUAACACAUCAAAUAGCCAAAACACCAACAACCUUGGAGAUGGGAAAAAGAAACGUUUUGCAAGGACCCUGCCUGUCACACCACUUCUUGAAAACGACACCUCCAAGUACCUUCAGUAUGCUGAUAGUGAGCUGCAGAGGAUGGAGCUGACUGUAGAAGAGCCUACAGAGAAUUCCAAGAUGGAAUAUAUAAACUUUCUCCUGAAGAUCACCCAGAUUCUGACUCGUCAAGGAGUGAUCUUUGACAACAGCACUAUCAGCCACAUCAUCAGCUCUACAGGAGCCAUUCUUCUCCUCUCCAUGAAGAAGUGUGGUGGCCAGGGGGGACAAAAUGACCAAGCACUGUAUGACAAGUCCAUUGAAAUCUACCUGAUCCUUGCGUCAGUAAUGGGUACACCUUCCACCAAACCUAUAGUCGUACAGCAUGAAACAGGCACUAUCUACGUGACCAGCACCACCCCUGCAGCUCUGGACAACAUGGUUCUGGGGUCAGAUGAUGAGGGUGUGUCUAUCACCUUCCCCUCAUACUCAGUACUAAAGCCACAUGUGGGAAACCUCGCUGUUGUCAAAACUCAACUGGCCACCUACUCAGAGAACCCUCAUGCAUCCAAUGAGACCAUCACAGGAGCUGUCUGCAAUCUUGUGCUGUUUAAUGACACAUCAGAGAUCCACAUAACUAACUUGUCAGAGGCUUUUGAGAUCCACUUUGCUCGUUCAAAUGCUACUGCUGUCACCACCAAGACUAUGAAUGUCAUGAAUGGGACAGCGGUCCUGACCUCCUUCAAUGUGUCAGACACCAAUCAGACGGUGGUCAUCAAUAUGGAGCCCACCAGGAACGUGUCACUACAGCUGCUGCUGGGUGCAGGCGCCCCACCCAACCACACCCGCUACAACCACAGCACCAUCCUGAAGCCUACAGCAGGAGGGUAUCGCUGGCUGGUCACCCCUGAGAUGCUGGAGGACAGAGCUGGGCUCUGGUACAUCCAGACCAGCCUUUACAACACUACCUGGAGUCCAGGUUUGCAGUUGCGGAUCACCACCUUUUCCAGCAAGUGUAUGUACUGGGACCCAGACCUUAACAGCUGGAGCAUCUAUGGCUGCUGGGUGGGUAUAAACAGCAGUCCAGAGAACACCCACUGUCUGUGUAACCACCUGACGUUCUUUGGUAGCUCCUUUUUUGUGAAACCAAACUACAUCGACUUGACUCGCACUGCGGAGUACUUUUCCACUGUUAAGGACAACUAUGUGGUGUUGGCUCUGCUGUCAGCCUUCUUUGGCCUCUACCUGCUCACGUUGAUCUGGGCCUGGUACUCUGACAGAAAAGCCAUGUCUAGGAGAAAGAUGACCCUACUGGCAGACAGCCACCCAUGUGCCUGCUAUAACUACCUACUGAGCGUGCAGACUGGCCAUCGGAAAGGAGCGGGUACCUCUGCCAAGGUAACAGUGAAGCUCACUGGCGCGGAAGGGGACAGUGACACCCACCAGCUGACAGACUCAAGCAAGCCCGCGGUGUUGGAGCGAGGAGCUGUGGACGUGUUCCUCCUGGCCACACCCUAUCCCUUGGGGGAAUUACAGAGUCUCCGGCUCUGGCACAACAACGAGGGCGAGAACCCCUCCUGGUAUGUGGACAAGGUGACUGUGCAAGAUCUGCAGACUCGCAAGGUGUGCCAUUUCCUGUGCUCUUCCUGGUUGAGUGCAGAGAAAGGAGAAGGCCUGACCAAGAAAACAUUCACCCCAGCAAAGAAUAAUGAGAUUGCCAGCUUUAGGAACAUCUUUCAGAAUAGGACAGCAUUUGGGUUCCGGGACGAGCACAUCUGGGUGUCUGUGGUUGACCCUCCCUGGCGUAGCCCUUUCACACGUGCUCAGAGAGUCUCCUGCUGCAUGUCCCUCCUCCUCUGCACCAUGGCAAUCAACAUUGCCUUCUGGAACAUUCCGAAAGACGGAAACUCCCCCAUCAUCCUCAAGAUUGGUUCGCUGGAAAUCACCUGGGAGCAAAUCAUGGUGGGUGUGGAGAGUGGCCUUCUCAUGUUCCCCAUCAACAUCCUCAUCAUCACCAUCUUUCGCAGCAUCAGACCACGUCUUUCCAAGACCUCGGGGAAGGACACACGCAGGCAGACCAUCAAACCUCACGUUGUUACCAUGCCAACCAUCCUCAAGGACACAGAGGAUCUGGUGAACAUGCUCAGUAGAAACCAGAGAAACCAGGUUGUGGAGCUAAAGGAGAGGCUACUGUCAAGCUCUGAUCUUGUCCCAGCCCUGGAAAGUGUUCAUGGUGUAAUCCAUCUUAUGCAAGGGGAGAGUGAGAGUCAUCCCCACUGGGUGUUCUGUAGCCAGUUUGUCCUGUCUUGUCUGCGCCACCUGUCCAUGUCCCUGGAGAGACUGAACCCCGGAAUCUUCUCCAACCCAGAGGAGCACCAGCAGCUCCUCAGUACUUCCACUCUGAUUCUAAAGAAGGCUGAGAUGGUCUGCACCAGCCACAUGACUUACUGUCCUCCUCCGGUCUGUAAGCCUAAAAAGGCUGCAUGCUGCACCCUGCCCUGGUGGUUCGUCUUCAUUGCUUGGUUCCUGCUUCUGUCCAUUAGUGGUAUCUCCACCUACUUCACCCUUAUCUACGGCUUUGAAUAUGGCAGGGACAGGUCUAUCCAGUGGGUCAUCUCCCUGGGCCUGUCACUUUUCCAAAGCAUCUUCAUCAUGCAGCCCCUCAAGGUGAUUGGCUUGGCUGUCUUCUUUGCCCUCCUUCUCAAGCCUCGGGUGGUUGAAGAGAAUGAGGAGAUUGAGCUUCUGCUUGCUGAACAAAAGGAGAGGUGUCAAGAGUACUCUGGCAGACAAUUACAGUAGGACUUCAUCUGAAGUCGGGCCUGGAGACACACUGUCUCAUGAAGAGGAAUCCAGGUGGACUUUCCAGAUACCCUAUCAUACACAAACUGCUGCACACAUUACUAAUAUGUUGAUUCAGAACAUAGCUAAUGAUCUAUUAGACAGUUUGAUUCUGACAGUAUGCAUGAAUGUUGGGUGUUCAGAAGGGGUACUUUAUGUAUAUGUAGAUAUUCAGAAAUGAAACAGUAAUGUCAGUCAUAGAAAUGCAAAAUGUUUCUUUCUGUUUGUGUCCAUUUUGUACAUUUUUGGAGAGGACAUCUGGUCUCAGGGUUUAAUUAACUUUUUAACAUGUAUGCUUUCGAAAUUUGCUAGUUCAUUGUGAAUGUUAAAAAUGAAAAUGUAAUAAACGUUUUAUCCAUGGAA